GGAUUGUCCUUUCACUUUUAUCCUUGCUUGGUGUACAUUUGUCAGUUGAUGUUGGCCACGUGUAGAGCUAUACUUCCUGGGAACCUUUUUUCUUUCUUUAUUGAUGUACCUUUUUUCUUUCUUUAUUGAUGUAGUAACCUUUGAUGUAAAUUAGGCAAUUAAUUUGGUGAUUGCGUUUUCUUCGCUUCCAGAGCAUAGUUCAAUGGAGAUUGUUCGUGUAAUUUGGGUUGCUGCUGCUUUAUACAUGAUGCUUAUGGGUUAUUAUAAGAACUAUAGGAAACUGCAUCUUGGGCUAGCUGUGGUGGUGAAUCAGUGCGAUACUACUAUCGAAAUAAAAGAACAAAAAAACGCAGACUUUGUUGCUACCAUAUAUAAGAUCUAGAGGUGGUUUCAGCUGCGACAGUGUGAAAUGGCUGAGGCGCCUUACAAUUUUAAGAGGCCAUCAGCUCAAGGUCGACAGUCAAAACAAGCAAUUAGUGUAUCAUUGCCGCAGAAUUCCAUCAGUGAGGAAGAACAACCAAGACCUAAAAAGGCUAGAGCAAGGCCUUCGAUAUACAUCACAGCUGGGAAAAAACCUAAAUCUACUAAAGCAAAACCUUCAUCUGCGCAGAGUUCAGAGCAGUUAGAGAAGGCACCGAAAAGUAAGCAUUGCUGUAGUUUCGGUUUAAAGGAAAGAAGCAAAGCUACUAAGGCAACUCCAUCAUGUGCACAGAGUUCAGAGCAGUUAGAGAAGGCACCGAAAAAAAGAAGCAAGGCUACUAAGGCAACUCCAUCAUCUGGACAGAGUUCAAAACAAUUAAAGAAUUUGGCUAAGGGAAAAAACAAGGCGUCAUUGUCUGCGCCUGCACAAACUUCAAAGCAAUUAAGAGAUGCGGCUAAAAAUCAAAGAGUGUAUAAUGCUCCCACUUCAGAUGAAGUUGCAGUUAUUUGGCCUGAUAGUGUUUCGUCGAGCCAGAGUUCAUGGCCGCAUAUCCUUGUAACUGGAAAGUCUACGGAAAUUCACCGGAUUGCACACUAUUAUGGGUGCUAUGACCCUUUACAGUAUCCUCUACUCUUUCCAAGAGGUGAAUGUGGUUGGCAUCAGGGUCUGAAAAAAGUUUUGCACGAUAGAGACAGACAAUUGGCCACUGAACCUGAUCCUAUUCAGUCUUGUGCAGUACAAACUCCAGCAGAGUUUCUGGAUGCAGAAGCCACCCGUGCUUCUAGAAGGCAUACCAGGGCAGAUAAGUACAUCUCUACAAGAGAGUACUAUACCUACAUGAUUCAAAUCAGGAUAGGAAACAUGCUUCUAAGGGCAGGUCGUGCUUUCCUGCAGUACAUUGUGGAUAUGUAUAUCAAAGUUGAAAAUACAAGAUUAGACUUUUUCCGGAGAAAUCAGGAUACAAUAAGAGCUGAUCUAUAUAAAGGGAUUCUUGAUACAGUCGAAAGUGGAGAAACAAAUGCAGCAAAUGUUGGACAUAAGUUCAUUUUGCCGCCAUCUUUCCUAGGAGGGCCUCGUGAUAUGAAAAGGAGAUAUUUGAAUGCAAUGGCGCUUGUGCAGAAGUACGGGAAACCUGAUCUCUUUGUUACUGUAACAUGCAACGCAAAUUGGCCAGAGAUAAAAGCUGAACUAUCGCCGGGUGAAGCUGCUCAGGAUCGGCCAGAUUUAGUUGCUCGAAUAUUUCGAGCAAAGUUGAUUGCUCUAAGGAAAAAAGUCAUGAAAGAAAAAAUAUUUGGCAAAGUAGCUGCUAUGAUUUAUGUUGUAGAAUUCCAGAAAAGAGGGUUACCCCAUGCUCAUUUCUUGUUAAUUCUACAACCACAGUACAAGAUGAAGUGUCCUGCUGAUUAUGAUAAAUUUGUUUGCGCAGAAAUACCUCCUGUGAAUCAACCCGAACUCCGUAAGAUUGUGUUACAGCAUAUGAUGCAUGGACCAUGUGGGAAAUUAAAUCCAGAAUGCCCUUGUAUGAGAAAGAAAGAUAAUGUAUCUUCUUGUAAAAAUGGGUAUCCAAAACAAUUCACACCACAAACCACAACAAAUAAGGAUGGCUACCCAUGCUAUCGCAGGACGGAUACUGGAGAACAAGUCAAGGUCAGGGGUGCUUACUUAGAUAAUCGAUGGGUUGUGCCUUAUAACCCUUAUCUUUCUUCACUUUUUGACUGCCAUUUAAAUGUUGAGGUUUGUUCAACUAUAAAAGCAGUAAAGUACUUAUACAAAUAUGUUUACAAGGGACAUGAUCGGGUGGCCUUUAAUGUUUCAGUUGAAGAUAGAAAUUCUGAAGAUGAGAUUGCUCAGUAUCAGUCAGGAAGGUGGGUGUCACCAUGUGAAGCAGCAUGGAGAAUUUUUGGAUUUGACUUAUUUGAAAUAUAUCCACCAGUAAUGCCUCUCUCAGUUCAUAUGCCAGAAAUGAACACUGUGUGUGUGGCCACAUGAAAGACUAGAUGUGGGAAUUGCAAGUGGUGUUUAUGCAAAGACUCCUUUAACAGAGUUUUUCUCUUAGAAUGCUGCUUUUGAGAAUGGUUUGGGGUAUUUUUAUGGAGAAUUUCCAGAGCACUAUAGAUGGGAUGGUACUGCAAAAGCAUGGUUCAGGCGGAAACGUAAAACAAAAAUGGUAGGCCGUUUAACCUUUGUAGGUCCUUCUGAAGGUGAGCGUUUCUAUUUGCGAUUGUUGUUGCUAAAUGUCAAGAGUCCUAGGUCAUUUACAGACUUACGCAGAGUUCGCGGGCAUGUAUGUGCAAGCUUCAAGGAGGCGUGCCUUAAAGCAGGUAUCUUAGAAAUAGAUGAUGCUGCAAACAUUUGUUUAGCUGAAGCGACUAAAAUUCAGCUGCCAGUAGCUUUACGCCGUUUAUUUGCUACUGUGCUUAUAUUCUAUCAGCCAGAAAACCCUGAAGAACUAUGGUACAAAUACUAUGAUGCAUUGUCAGAAGAUUUUGCAAAAAAAAAAAUCCUGGUGCAGAAAGCAAAAUUAAAAAGCUCACAGUCAGAUCAAUUGAGCAGCAUCUAGAAGCUAUGGGAAAAUCAUUGGGUGAAUGUGGUUUGACUUCUUUAAGUGAUAGCACUGAUAGCAUGAUUGACAGAACAAAGGAUAUACAAGACGCGCUAGAUGCCCCAAUUCCUCAGAGCUGUAUAGACAGCCGCAGCCUCUUAAAUGCAGCUCAAAGGGAAGCAUUUACAUCUAUAAUGGAGCAUGUGAUAAAAGGAAAACCAGGAGCAUUUUUUGUAGAUGGUCCAGGUGGAACCGGUAAAACAUUCUUAUACAAUGCACUAUAUGCAGAGAUUCGCCUCAUGAAUAA